AUGGAGUACACACGCAGAUGUGGGAAAUACCGAGUGGAGAGGGAAGUGCUAGAUGAGGAGAGACUGGAAGAGUUAACACAGAGAAAACCGCACUCUGACAGCUGUCCUCCACUGUCUGAAAGGCUAAAAGGUUCAUUAAGAUGUACAAUACCCAAACUCAAACACACUUUGCUGAGCAGCUUUCCUGUGUUAUACUGGCUGCCUAAGUACUCCGUCUGGGACUACGGCAUGCCAGACCUCAUUUCCGGCAUCAGUGUGGGCAUAAUGCAUCUGCCGCAGGGUAUGGCGUAUGCACUUCUGGCUUCCUUACCUCCUGUUUUUGGCCUUUACACAUCCCUCUAUCCAGCAUUCAUCUACAUCUUUUUUGGAACAUCACGUCAUAUUUCCAUUGGUACAUUUACAGUACUCAGCAUUAUGGUGGGUAGUGUGACUGAGAGACUUGCUCCAGAUGUGCAUUUCCCUAAUACAAAUGGGACCAACUUGACCGCAGAGGUAGACAUCACUGCUCGGGACUCAUACAGGGUGCAGGUCGCCACUGCUACUACUGUUCUAAGUGGAUUAAUUCAGGUGGUCCUGGGUUUGGUAAAGUUUGGAUUUGUAGGAACAUACCUGUCUGAGCCUCUGGUACGGGCUUACACAACAGCUGCUGCAGCUCAUGCUGUUGUUGCACAACUGAAGUACAUCUUUGGAGUUUCACCAACACGAGUCAGUGGGCCCUUGUCAUUGGUGUAUACUCUAAAGGAUGUUUGCUCCUUGCUGCCACACACUCAUCUCCCCACACUGGUGGUCAGUGCAGUGUCCAUGGUGUUUCUGAUAGCAGCAAAGCAGCUCAACUCAUUCCUCAGUCCAAAGCUACCUGUUCCAGUCCCUGUGGAGCUCAUCACAAUUGUGGCAGGAACAUUAAUAUCAUCCUUUACCAGCUUGAAUGGCAACUACUCUGUCUCAGUGGUUGGAGAGAUUCCUAGUGGUCUACGUUCUCCAAGUGUCCCAGAUGUGAGUCUUUUUGGAGAAGUAAUUGGUGAUGCUUUUGCUUUGGCUGUUGUUGGGUAUGCCAUAUCUAUUUCACUUGGAAAAACAUUUGCACUGAAGCAUGGAUACAAGGUGGACAGUAACCAGGAGCUGGUGGUGCUGGGUCUCAGUAAUACAGUAGGAGGCUUCUUCCAUUGCUAUGCUGUCUGUCCCUCUAUGUCUCGAAGUCUCAUCCAAGAGACCACUGGAGGGAAAACACAGAUGGCUGGAGUGGCCUCCGCUGUAGUUGUGUUGGUGACGAUACUGAAACUUGGCCCCCUCUUCCAGGAGCUGCCUAAGGCUAUCCUUGCAGCAAUUGUCUUUGUUAAUCUGAAGGGUAUGUUCAAGCAGUACAAUGACAUUACUACCCUCUGGAGAAGCAGCAAGAUUGAUCUGGUGGUGUGGUUGGUCACUUGGGUGUCAACAAUGCUGUUCAAUCUGGAUCUUGGUCUGGCUGCAUCCAUCACAUUUGCUUUGCUCACUGUUAUCUUCAGAACUCAGAUGCCUACGUAUUCUGUUCUGGGAAAUGUUCCAGGUACAGAGCUGUACGUAGAUAUGGAGACACACAAAGAGGCUAGAGAAAUUCCCGGUGUCACAGUAUUUCGCUCUUCUGCCACUAUUUAUUUCGCCAAUGCUGAACUGUUUUUAGAAGCUCUAAAAGAAAAGAGCGGGCUUGAUAUCAGUAAAAUGAUUAUCUACAAGAGAAGGCAGGAGGCCAAACAAAAACGAAGAGAAAGGAGAGCAGAAAGGCGGGCAAAAAGGCGAGCCAAGAGAGAGCUUAGACGGGCACAGAAGGCAGCUAAACAUCUCUCUGCAGCACCGGUGUUCUCUGUGGAGGAGGAAGCUGGACACUGGAGGGACACACACAUGGACAACAAUGUCACUAAUGUGGAGGAGCAGGACUGGACCAAGAGGGAGAAUGGGACAGUGUUUGUCAUCCCAACCACUCCUCGAACACCUGAUGGUCAGUGUAGAUGGGAGUAUCUGAAGGGAGGAGGAGAUCCAGACUGCACCAGUUUAGGGUGGAUGUCUGAGCUGCAGGAUGGGGACACCACCACCCUGGGUUCUAGCAGCGACGAUACACUGAGCCGUGACCUGGAGCGGGUGUCCCUCGGAUCACUAGGGAAGUGGACGUGGGAUAUUCACUCCAUCAUUAUUGACCUCUCCACGGCUAACUUUGUUGACACAGUGGCUAUCAAGACUAUAAAAAAUAUUUUCCAGGACUUCAGUGAGAUUGAUGUUGAUAUCUACCUGGCUUGUUGUCAGGCCUCUGUGGUGGAACAGUUAGAACUCGGUGACUUCUUCUCUGACAUGAUAACAAAGAGGCACCUUUUUGCUUCAGUCCAUGAUGCUGUGCUGUACUGUCUGAACAAUCGUGGAUCCACAUCGUUCCCUAAAUAUGAGCCGGCUUUGGUGAGUUUAAGCUACGUAUUCGCUAUCACCACAGUUUAUACUGACCAGUUGGACAGGAAAUAA